AUGCGUGCCGCCAUGGCGGCGGCGGCCCUCCGACCCAGCGCCACCACCCUCCGCUUCCUCUUCACCCCACCUCACCAGCGCCGCCGCCUCUUGGUCGAACACAUCCCCUUUGCUCGCCGACGCCGCCACUCCUCCACCGCCACGGCCCCAGCGCUGGAGGACUCCAGCCCCAGCAAUGGUGAAGGCAAGGCCGCCCGCCGCCGCCGCGCCCGCGAAUCCCCCGAGGGCCUCCUCCGCCACCAGCUCGACAUGUGCUCCCGCAACGCCGACCUCACCACCGCGCUCCGUCUCUACGACGACGCCCUCUCCCCGGACACCCCCGUCCCGCUCUCCCUCCACCACUACAACUGCCUGCUCUACCUCUGCUCCAACGCCGCCGCUACCGACUCUGACACCGACAGCUCCGCUGCCGCUGCCGCUGCCCAGCGCGGCUUCGACAUCUUCGCCAGGAUGGAGGCCGACGGCGUCCAGCCCAACGAGGCCACCCUCACCAGCGUCGCGCGCCUCGCCGCCGCCACCCGCGAUCCCGCCAUGGCCUUCUCCGUCGUCCGCCGCAUGGCCGCUGCGGGCACCCCGCCGCGCCUCCGCUCGUACGGCCCAGCCCUCUUCGCCUACUGCGAUGCUAAAGACGCCGACGGCGCCAAGCAGGUCGAGGCCCACAUGGACGCCUCUGGCGUCGUGCCCGAGGAGCCCGAGCUCGCCGCGUUGCUCCGCGUCAAUGCGGACAAGGGCAAGGCCGAUGAGGUUUACAGGCUCCUGCACAGGACGCGCGCCCUCGUCAGGCAGGUCUGCGACACGACCGCUCAGGUCGUCGAGGCCUGGUUCCGGUCGGACGCAGCGUCCCAGGCGGGGGUGGACAAGUGGGAUCCCAGCAAAGUCAAGGAGGCCGUCGUCAAGGGCGGCGGCGGCUGGCAUGGCCAGGGAUGGCUUGGCAAGGGGCCAUGGAGCGUUGGCUGGACCGAGAUGGAUAAGGAUGGGACAUGCCAACGCUGUGGGGAGAAGCUUGUCUGCAUAGACAUUGAUCCAACGGAGACUGACAACUUUGCAAAUUCGCUCACCGAACUUGCCAUCAAGCGUGAGGUCAAGGAAGAUUUCCUCGGGUUCCAGAACUGGCUACGUCGCCAUGGACCAUUCGAUGCUGUUAUAGAUGCUGCUAACGUAGGCCUUUACAAUAGCAAAGCUUUCAGUUUUUCACAGGUUAACUCUGUUGUAAAUGCUAUACAGAGAGUAACUCAAUCAAAGAAGUUGCCACUGAUAAUUUUGCAUAGGAACCGUGUAAAUGGUGGUCCUGCAAAAGCUCCAUACAACCAGAAGAUUCUGGAGAGUUGGAGGAAUGCUGGAGCUCUGUAUGCAACCCCUCCUGGUUCCAAUGAUGAUUGGUAUUGGCUGUAUGCAGCUGUCAGUUGCCGAUCGUUGCUUGUUACAAAUGAUGAGAUGCGAGACCACUUGUUUCAACUGCUUGGCACUAGUUUUUUUCCUAGGUGGAAAGAGAAACAUCAGAAACAAUCAUAUGCCUUGAAGAAACUGAACAACACAGUCCAUGCUAUUACCAUUCUUGGAUGUAGGAAUCUGAAGAUGGAAUCUGGCAUGUACCAACAACAACAGGCGAUGAUAUUGAAAAGCCACGGCAGUGGAUGUGCACUACUAGAAAAUCUUCAAAGUAGAUGGGAUUUGAUUUUCGCCCAGUCUACUGACACAGAUGGUUCCAGUCUUGGUGGGAAGAGUGGCGUGACAAAUCGUCAAAACACCAAAGCUUAA